AUGCAUCUCGGCAAGGUUACGGCCGCCAUGGCCGGCCUGGCGCUCACCAUCUCCGCGCAGACCGACGACCUCGUCGCCGCGUUCAACAUGGUCAAUCAAGCCCGCAUCGAGCGCUUCGUCCCGCCGCUGUCGUGGAACGCAGACCUGGCUGCCUACUCUCAGCUCUGGGCCAACCUCUUGGCCAGCAACCAGGUGCCCUUUCAGCAUGCCGCCGGGGCGUACCGCCCGUCGCAGGGCGAGGUCCUCUACGUUCAGGAGGCCUCGGGCUGCCACCCUUCGUAUGAUGCGCCGUUCCAGUCGGCCAUGCACGCUUGGCUCGCACAGGCGCCGCUGUAUGACAACAAGCCCAUCACGACGGGCCACGAGCCUUGGCUUCAUUGGUGUAAGUUCAUGUUGGAGAGGGCGGAGGGGACGAAGUCAAUGCUGACUGAAAAAAACGCAGCGCAGUGCAUGUGGUCGCAAUCGAUGGAAAUCGGAUGUGCACGCGCCUACAGCAUCUCGGAUGCUUACAAGGUCUAUGUCGUCUGCCGGUUCACCCCAGAAGGCAAUGUGUAA